GUGUGUGUUUAGGGGGCGGGGUGGUUUAAGCGUGUAAAGCGUCCAGUUUCAGUUACUUUAGUUAGGUCUGUGUGUGCUCGGAGGUCGAUCGUGUUCUAAUUUUACUGUUUUUCUUAGAUGGGAGUGAGUUUGUUUCUCACAAAUACCCUUGGAAGUUUGUUUUAGUGUCACCGCCAUCUAAACUUUUUAUUCACUCCUUUACUUGUGUCAGUGUCAGUGUGUUCGCGAGGAUGUUGAAGGGUAAAGGACAGACUCCGCAUCCGUUCGUUCACGAAGUGACUCUAACAGCUGCUCAGCGGGUUCAGGGAACCAUUCUGGGCAUCGUUCUGUUUCCCAUCCGCAUCACCCUCGCCACCCUCUUCUUCCUGCUCAUGUGGCCCAUCGCUCGCCUGCGAUUGGCCGGUCUGUCGGAGGCGGAGCGGGCGGAGCCUGUGCAGGGUUGGCGUCGUUGGCUCUUCCAUCACAUCAUUCUCUUCCUCAGCCGGGCCGUCUUCUUCGCCGUGGGCUUCCUGUGGAUUAAAGUCAAAGGGCGUCAGGCGGGCCUGAAGGAAGCUCCGGUCCUGGCGGUGGCGCCUCACAGCGGGUUCUUGGACAUGCUGGUGCUGUGUGCGACGGGCCUGCCAAUCGUUGUGUCGCGAUCGGAGAACAGCAAACUACCUGUUAUAGGAGCGCUGUUGGAGUUUAAUCAGUCAGUGUUGGUGAGUCGGAAAGACCCUGAAUCCAGGAAGAAAUGUGUGUCUCAGAUCUGUGAGAGAGUCACAUCUGACGGCCGCUGGCCUCAGAUGCUCAUGUUUCCAGAAGGAACAACAACUAAUGGCCGAGCUCUUAUCAAAUUCAAACCUGGUGCGUUUCUGGCUGGAGUUCCUGUUCAGCCCGUCUUGCUUCACUAUCCCAGUGAUCCGGACACAGUUCGGUGGACUUGGAAAGGAUUGUCAUGGCUCGGCGCUCUCUGGCACACCACCUCUCAGAUCUACACCAGCGUUACUGUGGAGUUCCUGCCCGUCUACACGCCGUCACAGCAGGAGAAGGAAAACCCGGACUUAUAUGCUGAGAAUGUACAGAAACUCAUGGCCAAAGCUCUCGGCGUUCCUGCCACCGAUUAUGUGAUGGAGGGCCGUUUUCCUGUUAAAAAGCUCGGAAACCUCUCGCUUCCACUGGAACCUCCGGCUCAGGAAACCCUCAAACUGCUCCACAAACACGGUUUUACGAACGCUCGAGUGGAGACCGUGAUGAACGACAUGAUUGACAGCUGUCACUCAGGCCAGAGCACCACGGUAACAGCCGAUCACCUGACCUCUCUUUUGGGGCUCACGGACAGAACGACGGCAGUGAAGAUCUGCUCACUCUACUCAAAGGACGAUACGGUGGACAUGAGGCAGGUCUGUCUGAGCGUGUCAGCCGUGUCUGGCUUCAGGAGUCUGGAGUCUCUCAUACACACGGCGUUCACGUGGUACGACACUGACCAGGAUGGGCUGCUGAGCGCAGAUGAUCUGUCCAACCUGAUGGGGGCGCUGGUGGGAAUCCCGCAGUAUGCUGUUGAAGACAUGUACUCGGCGCUGACCAGCAGAGGGCGACCUACUGAAGCUUCUCUGCAAGACUUAUUGAGGACGCAUCCAGUUUAUCGGAAAGUCCUCACGGAGUAUCUCCACUCCAGUGGGCUCGCUGACGGAAACCACAAUGGAAUUCCCAAUGGGAAGGCCAACAGCAACAACAAUGGGAUUUAUAACGGCUACGAAGCGACCGGUAGGAAGUCGGAUUAAGGAGCGUCGAGCUGAGCUGACGGACAGUCCGACCGACCGCAUGUGCAAUAACUAACGUGGACUGUGUGAGAUGUGAAGCUGUGUGAAAGGGUAACGUUUACCUGACGAUGUCUUUGUCCUGUUCUCAUGUGAAUCUUGGUGCUGGGAAUGAUACUGUGAGAAUAUACCACUAAAUUAAUGUGCCUUGAAACAAAUACCUUUAUAUUUUAUAAUGAUCAGGAUCUGUAUGUGUAUUUAAUAGUGUAUGUUUUUGUCAUUUUUAACUUUGUAUAUCGGAAAACCCAAAGACAUUUGUUCUGUCAAAGACUUCAGCUGAUGUGUCAUAUUAUUUUAUACUUUAAUAUAUUAAAAUUCUUAAAGACGUGA